AUGGCGCUGAGCUCAGCRCAGCCGCCCACCGGCGGCCCCGACAGCGUCCCCGGGGAGGGCGCGCUGAGCCGGGGCCUGAGCGUGCUGGUGGGGCUGGCGCUGUGCGUGACCAUGCUGGGGCUGGGCUGYGCCGUGGAGCUGGCGCAGCUGGGCGCGCAGCUGCGGCGCCCCGUGGGGGUGCUGCUGGCGCUGCUGGCGCAGUUCGCGGCCAUGCCGCUGCUCGCCUUCCUGCUGGCGCUGCUCUUUGCCCUGGACGAGGUGGCGGCCGUGGCCGUGCUGCUGUGCGGCUCCUGCCCCGGCGGCAACCUCUCCAACCUCAUGUCGCUGCUCGUCGACGGGGACAUGAACCUCAGCAUCAUCAUGACGGCCUCCUCCACGCUGCUCGCCCUGCUCCUCAUGCCGCUGUGCCUCUGGAUCUACAGCCGCCACUGGAUCAACACGACGCUGGUGCAGCUGCUGCCGCUGGGCGCCGUGAGCCUCACGCUGGCCAGCACCCUGCUGCCCAUCGGCCUGGGGGUGCUCAUCCGCCACCAGCGCCCCCGCGUCGCCGACCUCCUCGUCAAGGUUUCCCUGUGGUCCCUGCUGGUGACGCUGGUGAUCCUGUUCAUCCUCACGGGGACCAUGCUGGGGCCGGAGCUGCUGGCACACAUCCCCGCCGCCGUGUACGCCAUCGCGCUGCUCAUGCCCCUGGCCGGCUACGCGCUGGGCUACGGCCUGGCCACGCUCUUCGCGCUGCCGCCGCACUGCAGGAGGACAGUGUCCCUGGAGACGGGCUGCCAGAACGUCCAGCUGUGCACGGCCAUCCUGAAGCUCACCUUCCCGCCGCAGCUCAUCGGCAGCAUGUACAUGUUCCCCCUGCUCUACGCGCUCUUCCAGGCGGCCGAGGCCGGCCUCUUCGUGCUGGCGUACAAGAUGUACGGGAGGGAGGGCUACAAGCCAGACGCCCUCGGCGAGGAGGAAGACACGGAUAUUUCCUACAAGAAACUAAAAGAGGAGGAGGUGCCCGAUACCUCCUACGGCACCGUGGCCGCGGAGGAGCGYGGCUCUGCGCAGCUGGAGGCGGCGCAGACGGCGCUUUAGCCGGCGCGCGGGGCCGUGGGGC